AUGUACAUUCUAAUUGUUGUGACAUUUAUAAUUGCAGCAUGUUAUGGUGCUCCUUAUAAAGUCAAACCAUUCAAUAGUUGUGGAUAUGAGGCAUGUAACCUUGGUCAACCAGAUAAACUUAAUGUUCAUUUAGUUGCACAUACUCAUGAUGAUGUUGGCUGGUUGAAAACAGUCGAUCAAUAUUAUUAUGGUGCUCGAAGUGAUAUACAACGUGCAAGUGUACAAUAUAUACUUGAUUCAGUCAUAGAGUCAUUAGUUCAAAAUCCUGAAAGACGUUUUAUUUAUGUGGAAAUAGCAUUUUUCUGGCGAUGGUGGAAUCAACAAUCACAAGAAAUACAAGAUACUGUUAAACAACUUGUUAAUGAUGGCCGCUUAGAAUUUAUUUCUGGUGGAUGGUGUAUGAAUGAUGAAGGAGCUACACAUUAUAAUUCAAUUAUUGAUCAACAUACUUUAGGAUUUCAAUUUCUUAAUGAUACGUUUGGUGAAUGUGCAAGGCCAAAAAUUGGUUGGCAGAUUGAUCCAUUUGGUCAUUCUCGAGAAGUAGCAUCAUUAUUUGCUCAAAUGGGUUUCGACGGUACGUUUUUUGGUCGUGUUGACUAUCAAGACAAAGACCAACGUAAUAAAACAAAAACAAUGGAAAUGAUAUGGAAAGCAAGUGCUAAUUUAGGUCAGUGA